AUGGAGGCCACAGCCACCACGCUCCUGCGUCCAGCAGCCCGACGGUGCCUCAACAUCCCCCUCAAGCCCCAGGUCCGCACAAAGGCAACAGCCUCCCGCACAAAGCGCGCCCUCAACAUCCCCCCUCACUCGUCCUUCCUUGCCGCCACCGAGGCAGGCAUCGAGCAGGAUACCAUCGUCUUCAACCCGCCCUCGGCUGCGCCCUCGGUCUACCACACCCCCUUCAAGUUCCUGCCCAAGAACGACCCGCGGCGGCGGGCGAACCUAGCAUCGCUCCUCUCCUCCUCAUCACUACAGAAAACCGAAAUCGGCGACCUCCCCGAAGUGGCCGCCCCCAAGGCCAUGUUCGACCGCGACCCCAUCACCAAGGAAGAAGUCGAGGAGAUGCGGAUGCUGCGGUCCACAGACCCCUACAAGUGGUCCGUCAAGGCCCUGAGCGAGAAAUACCAAAUCCCGACUGGAUUUGUAGUCGCAUGCUGCCAGGCACCCAGGGAAAAGAUCGACUUUGAGAGGCGGAAGUUUGAGCUGUCACAGCAGCGGUGGGGUCCCACCAAGAGGAAGGCCAUGGAGGACAGGCACAGGAGGAACCAGAUGUUGCUGCGGGGAGAGAUAUGA